AUGUCUGUGGAAUCCAAAACCUGCCAAGAUGAUAAGGCUGGUCUGAACGUUGUAUCGCCCUCGAUUGAGCUUCCCGGCCUUCGGCGACCGAUGAAAACCAAUGGCCCGUACGCAUUCAGUGAAAACGAGAUUAAAACUAUCGAAAGAAGUCAAGUCGUCCGAGUUUUGGAUUCUGCGCCAACCAUAUGGGAAAAUGGCGGGAUCAAGAUCGUUCGGAUUGCUGACAAUGCCGUCGUCAAGUAUGGAUAUGAUGUUAAGCUUUUGGAAGCUAGGAAUAUGGCAUUCGUGGCUCAACAUACCACGAUCCGGCUUCCGCAAGUUUUCGAUGCAUGGGUGGAAAAUGAAGAUAAAGGUGUGGAUGACGAAACCGGUAUCUGCUUCAUCGUUAUGAGUUACAUAGACGGUUGGCUGCUCGACGAAGUCUGGUCUGAACUACACAGUACCCAUCGCGAGGAUAUCCAAAAGCAGUUGCAUUAUUUCAUACGCGAGCUCCGCAAAACCGAGAGCGAAUAUCCGGGGCCGGUUGGGGGCGGUGUGUGCCAAGGUGCCUUCUUUACUGACUACGGCGCGGGGCCUUUUUCUUCAAAGGAGGAAAUGGAGACCUGGUUUGACGAGAGACUUGCUGUCUGCCGUGACUUUGGUGUUGCAGAUCAAGCGCAACGAGGUUUCCGUGGGGAGUUCCAGCGUCUAGUCAUGUGUCACAUGGAUCUACACCCGCGCAACAUUAUCCUCGAUUGUGAUAGAAAGAUUUGGUUGAUCGACUGGGCUUACGCAGGAAUGUACCCGGCUUACUUCGAAACAGCCACCAUUUUAAGGCAUGGUAGAGAUCCAUACUUCGAACGUCUACUGGAUCUACUGGGGGACGAAGAGUAUAAGGAAGCGACUGAUCGCCUGUUUGCGAUAUCCUUUGCAUUGACUACGGGGGCAUUAUGCAAGCCGUCCAUUAAAUGUGACGUUUUUGAAAACACUAGUUGA